AUGGUGAUAUCAGGGCAUCGCAGCGAUCCAGGAAAACAAGCAGGCCAUUGGAAGCCUCGUGGAACAUUUGCACUCUAUUCGUUGUUAUGCCGGUAUGCAAAGGUGAGCUUAAUUCCAAAUGACCAGCCAGAGGACAGUCAACUAUCUAACUACAAGCUUGACACGCCAUCUAGUCAGUUGAGACGGGCACAAGUGAUUAAAGAGAAGAUGGAAAGUAGUAAAACCAUUAAAAUCAUACUUUUCCUAGUAACCAUUCUGGGAACUUCUAUGGUCAUUGGAGAUGGCGUCCUAACUCCAAGCAUAUCAGUUCUUUCAGCAGUGAGUGGGAUCAAGUCCCUUGGUGAAGAUACCGUUGUGGGUGUUUCAAUUGCAAUCUUGAUUGUCCUAUUCACUCUUCAGCGGUUGGGCACCGAUAAAGUGGGCUUCGCUUUCGCCCCAGUUAUCUUCUUGUGGUUUUCAUUCAUUGGUGGAAUCGGUCUUUUCAACUUGUUCAAGUAUGAUCUUGGUGUAUUACGUGCCUUCAAUCCAAAAUAUAUAAUCGAUUACUUCAAAAGAAAUGGCAAGCAAGGAUGGAUUUCACUUGGUGGGGUAGUUCUAUGCAUUACAGGGACUGAAGCUAUGUUUGCUGAUCUCGGUCACUUUAGCGUCAGGGCAAUUCAAAUUAGUUUCUCCAGUGUAGUGUUUCCUGCAUUACUAGCUGCAUAUGCUGGGCAAGCAGCAUACCUUUCCAAAUUCCCGAAUGACGUGUCUGAUACCUUCUACAAGUCUGUGCCAGAUCCAUUAUAUUGGCCAAUGUUUGUUGUUGCUGUUGCUGCUGCAAUUAUUGCUAGCCAAGCCAUGAUUUCAGGAGCAUUUUCAAUCGUUGCUCAAUCCUUGAGUCUCAAUUGUUUUCCCAGGGUUAAGAUUGUUCACACUUCUGCUAAGUAUGAGGGUCAGGUUUACAUACCUGAGAUCAACUUCAUGCUUAUGGUUGCUUGUGUAAUCGUCACUUUGGCAUUCAGGACAACUGAAAAUAUUGGGCAUGCCUACGGAAUUGCUGUGGUUGCUGUUAUGGUUAUGACAACCUGUAUGGUUACACUUAUAAUGCUAGUUAUAUGGAAGGCAAGGGUGUUAUCGGCAACUCUUUUCUUUUUUGUAUUUGGUGCUAUAGAGGUCGUUUAUCUAUCAGCUGUACUAUACAAAUUCAAACAAGGUGGGUACCUUCCACUAGCAUUAUCUUUUUUCUUAAUGGUGGCCAUGGGGACAUGGCACUAUGUGCACAGAGAAAGGUACCUAUACGAGCUUAAAAACAAGGUCUCUAGUGAAUAUAUCAGGCAACUGGCGGCAAACGCAAAUAUGAACCAGCUACCGGGAAUAGGACUUUUGUACUCUGAGCUUGUCCAGGGCAUUCCUCCAAUAUUCCCUCACUUCAUUUCCAACAUACCUUCCACUCAUUCAGUUCUGGUGUUUGUUUCAAUUAAGUCUAUUCCAAUAAGUAAAGUGGCAAUCGAGGAGCGAUUUCUUUUCCGACAAAUCGAGCCACAAGAGUACCGUAUGUUCCGAUGUGUUGUGAGGUAUGGAUACAAAGAUGCAAUUGUGGAGUCUCAUGUGUUUGAAAAGCAGCUGGUCGAACACUUGAAAGAAUUCAUCCGGCAGGAAUACUUCAUUCAUGAAGCAGGCAACAUUGAAUCAACAUUUGAACCAGAGAACAUCCAACAUUCCACUCUACUUGUAGAGAAGGAUGGAACAGGAAGACCAUCAACAAGAGUUCAUGUAGAGGAACCACGACAACAGCCUAAUCAGUCAUUCAGCGCACCCCGUGUUUCAUCAGGUUCCAUCCGAUCCAUCAGUGGAAUAAACUUGUCAAAUUCUUCUGCUGGAAUCGCAUCUGCGCAGGUCUCUAAAGGUGCUGAAGACGAGAUCCAGUUUGUACAAAAAGCCAUGGAGAAAGGUGUGGUUUAUCUGCUAGGAGAAACAGAAGUGGUGGCAGAACCAAAUUCAUCCUGGUUCAAGAGACUAGUUGUUAACCACGUGUAUUCUUUCCUGAGGAAGAACUUCAGAACAGGGGAGAAAUUUCUGGCAAUCCCACGAACAAGGAUUCUCAGGGUUGGAAUGACAUAUGAGAUAUGAUAUUGUGCUUGAACUUUGGUGUGGAAAGAAAAUGCGUGCGUGCAUG